AUGACUACACGGUCACGCACUCACCUUAGUCAGUCAGUCGGGAAUCGGAUUCCCUUCGGUAAACAGAACAGUCGCGUACGGAGGUUCGUACGGUUACAGAACGGUCGCUCGGACGCUCUCGACGGAUCGUCGAACGUUCGGCUCUCGGAUCUUCGGUACGGUCGGCUCUCGGUCAGACCACCGAUCGGAAACAGGCGCUCUCGGUCGGAACAGACGAUCGAUACGGUCGAUAUCGAUCGGAACAGACGAAAACUCUCGGAAACCGCUUUCUCUCUCGAUAACCGUUUCUCUCUGGACACUUAG